AUGAGCUGCAAGGUACCAUUUGGAAGCAACACUAGUAGAAACGUCAUAAAUGUUCAUCCGAAAUGGAUGAAACAGGUUUCCGCAGUUAAUCUAGGACCUGGAUGCUACGAUAUAAAUUUGACAGGAAAUAAAACUCGGCAUUCAACAGCUGCAUCUUACUACAGUUCCCUGUUGGGUUGGAAAAGGCAGUAUGAAGUUAAGCGUCUUGCCAGCAUACCAAAUUUAUUCAGUCGGAAUCUCAAGUUGUCAAAGGAAUCUCAGCAAAGAAAUCUUGGACCUGGGCGAUACAACAUAUCAAGAGAAGUGAAAGUUAAAGGAAAUUCUGAAUCUAUAGGGCCUAUAAAUACAAGAGAAGUUCGUUUUCCAGAGUCCAAAACAAAUGAUAACCCUGGAGUGGGUACUUAUGGUGUUAAAGGUGACCCGUAUUUAUACAAAGAGGAAAUGGAUGCAAAACACAAGUCUCCAUCCACAAAAGGCUUGUUGGAACGUGGUGGAGAUGGGAGUCGUUCUCUUCCAUCUACGGGGUGUCACUUAGCACCAGGUACUUAUGAAGUCAGUGGAUCGAUAGAAGAACUACUCAAUAAAAAAACUGGAAACCGUGGCCCUUACGAUUUGAUGACAGGACCAAGAAGCUAUGAUAAAGUAUCUGAGUACCCAGAACCAGGGACAUAUCCAGUCAGAUCGUUCACAUCAGACCUUUUGAGACCAGAGAAGCGGUAUACUGGAAAAUUCCGUCGACUAGUGGAUGAAAAUAAGAAGAUGGAUAAAUGUUAUUCUACUAGUGUACAAAACAAACUUAUUGCUUCUAAAUUAGGACCGAGUUAUUAUGAUCCUAAUUAUCCAAGUGAAGGAAGAAAGAGUUUCAAUCGUCAAAUGCCAUCAUUUCUAUCAAGUUCAUCUCGUGAUGCACACUCCUUAUUCUCUGUCAGACGGGUAAUACUUUGAGAGUGAAAAUGUUGUUUAUUUUCAAAAGUAUUCAGUCUUUUUUUCUGUUAACAUAGUUUGGACAAGUGUUCAUCCAGUACAAUUGAUCGUGUUUAGUGACAGAGAUCAACAAAUUAUCUUUUAGGAAAUGUAUGCGGGAAAAUAAUGACAAGUUUUGUGCAAUCUUUUCGAACUGUUGCAAUUUAGUCACGCUUGCCUACAUUCUAUAAUGAACCGAAAUUACUAACACGACCUGAGAAUAAGGUCAAGGUUCACCUUUUCUCAAGCCAUCAGUAAGGCAGUACACAAAGUUCUUCCGGAAAGAAGGAAUGACAGUGGUUUUGCCGAAAAGUUAAAAUCUGAAUAAAUCAUCUGGCCUCGAACCUUCGAAAUUCAGCUGAAGUCUUACAGUUAGUGAUUAUUCAAAAAGAUGACUAGCACCGUACUGAUAUUUCGUAAAAUGGUUAGCCAGUACUUAGAGCCUUUUAUUUCCCAAUAUCCUUAGCCUCGUGAUAAAAACUUUGUUCGCUACCAAUGUAUUGAUUCUGAAAACCAAAUUAAUAGUAAGAACGGUUUCCAUUUUGACCCGAUAUCCAAGAUGACCAUGACCUUGAUAAACAUUAGAAAUUUAGUAUUCAAGAUUAUUUCAUAAAGAACUGAAUUAAAUGAUCUUUUUGGGACUGAUUAACGGCAAAAAGAAGACCGAUGCCCAAUCUUACUGUAAACUGGUUAUUUAAUGACGGUAUUGGACCGAUCAGCUAAGCAGCAUUUCUGAGGUGAUAAAAACGUUGAUCCAAAAUACCACUAAUAAAAAUAUUAAGGAUCCGGAGCAAAGAUGACCGUAAACAUCUCUUUUAAUCACGCAUAAAUGUUCCGAACUGACAUCCUGAAAACGUAUUCCCACCUUCAUUGAACCGUCUUGCGGAUUUGCACUUCACUAAGCUGCAUAUUUUAGGAACUAGAGGCAACAUAAGUGCAAUUCGUCUGAUUAACUUGUAAAAUAUGGUAGUAAAAUACAUACAUCCAGUUGUGAGUGAAUGACAGAAAUGUUGUCAAAAACAUUAUAUUCCUGUACUCCAAUACAUGCAGAAUUUCGCUAAGGAUGGAACUAUUCACAUGGAUCUUUUACCACUUAUGUAAAAUUGGUGUCUGGAACUACAGUAACUGGAAAUCAUGUAUCUUAGAGAAUAAAAAACGUAUAUUUACUGAAUAGCAGCAGGUCAAAAACCCUUGCUUCAGGCCUUUUACACUCAGUCAAAAAACAGUCUUGCAGGAUUUUACAACCAUAUUAUUAUUAUUAUUUGUCAUUUGGGUUCCCAGUGGAACAAAGGGCUUCAGUUUCAAGUUACCAUUUCACUCUCUUCUCUGCAGUCUUCUCAACCUGGCUCCACAACUGCCCAUAACCAUUCAUUCCCUCCUCACACGAUCUCCUCCAUAUCACAAUCGCCUCAGAUGCUCAACUCGUCGUUUCCAAUUUGGGUUCCAUUCGAGGGCCUGGACUAGCCUGGCCUGGCCUGGCACGUGGUGUCCCCAAUAGGUCUUCUCAGUGUAUGUCCAAUCCAAUCCAUCUCCACUUUCUUCUGCAGAUUUGUUGGGUGAUAGGUUCUUGGUUGGUUCGUUGCCAGCCAGCCAGCCAAAGUUCCCUGUUGCUUAUUCUCAUCAUUAUUAUUCUGACCAUCAGGUCUUCAGUGUCAGUAUCGAGUGAGCUUAGACGGAAGCUGUCGAUGAAUAUCUGUAGUUUGUUGGAAAUGCUUUUCAUAAGGCGCCAAGUUUCUGAACCACUACAUGGAAGCACUGACUUGACUGACAUUAAUGUUG